UGUCAUUAUCACGUGACUUCAAUUGUUUUAGUUGUCAAGAUGUCGUUCUUCGGAGGAAAUCCAUUUGCUUCACCCGUUGGUCAAAGAAUAGAACAAGCGACAGAUGGCUCGCUGGCGUCUGAGAACUGGGCGCUCAACAUGGAGAUCUGUGACAUCAUCAACGAGACAGAGGACGGGCCUAAAGACGCUAUCAAAGCAAUCCGCAAGAGGCUGACUCAGAAUGCAGGGAAGAACUACACCGUGGUGAUGUACACUCUGACGGUUCUGGAGACUUGUGUCAAGAACUGCGGGAAGCGCUUCCAUGUACUCGCCUGCAACAAGGAGUUCGUUCAGGAGCUCGUGAAACUCAUUGGACCCAAGAAUGACCCACCCACGGCGGUGCAGGAGAAGGUGCUCAGCCUGAUCCAGUGCUGGGCGGACGCGUUCCGUCACCAGGUGGAGUUGGCGGGCGUGGUGCAGGUUUAUAGCGACCUCAAGCAGAAGGGCAUAGAGUUCCCGAUGACAGACCUGGACACCAUGGCACCCAUCCACACGCCCCAGAGGGUGAGCCAAAGCUUCCCGGACAUGGAGCGUGGCGGGGAGGUGGCGGUGGAGGUGGCCCAGGUGGUCCCGGUGCCCCUGGCCCCUCAGCAGGCCCCCGCCCCGGUCCCGGGCCCCACCGGCCUCACGGCGGACCAGCUGGGCAAGCUGCAGAGUGAGCUGGACGUGGUCCAGGGCAACAUGGCGGUGCUGGGCGAGAUGCUGAGCGAGCUGACGCCCGGGCGGGAGCACCCCAGCGACCUCGAGCUGCUGCAGGAGCUGCAUGCCACGUGCCAGGCCAUGCAACAGCGACUGGUCGAGCUGAUCGGCAAGCUGGCCAACGACGAGGUCACCGCGGAGCUGCUCCGCAUCAACGACGAGAUGAACAACCUCUUCCUCAGGUACACAAGGUUCGAGAACAACAGGGACGCUAGUCGGCAGCAGAAGGUGGCCCGGGGCCCGGCCCAGGACGCGGCAGAGUCCCUGAUCGAUCUGAGUGAUGAGUCUGCGGCCGCCUCCCCUGCGACGACUGCCCUCAACGCCAAGUUGGCCGGCCUCAGUGUGAGCGGGGCGACGGUGGCGUCCCAGCUGAGUGCUAUCAGCAGUGUGCCGGCCCAGCAGGGCCCCCAGCGUGAAGAGAAGGACGACUCUGAGUUCGACAUGUUCGCCCAGUCCAGAAACAUCUCGUACGAGACCUCCAAAACAGGUGGCAGCACCUACAAGGACAACUUGGAGCCAGAUCAGGUCAAUGGUAGUCUGGCGGCCGUCACUCAGAACAGGUCCCAGCCAAUCGACGAGUUGAUUGGGAUGCAUAGCGAGAGUGACUUUGACGAAAUGGCCGCUUGGCUCAGCGAACAUCCGGCGGGCGCAGGGGGAGGCGCCCCGGAGGAGUCGCUGACGAGCAGCGAGUUCGAGAGGUUCCUGGCGGAACGGGCGGCGGCUGCGGAAGCCCUGCCCUCGGUGGGGCAGCAGCCCCCCGCGACAACGGCCAGCCCCGUGCGGCUGCCGCACCACCGCUCCCUCAACAAGGAGCCCGAGUCGGAGAGCUCGCUGUUCGCCCUGUGAGCCGGCGUCCAGAUGUUCAUCGUAAGUUUACUGUCUGGCUUCCAGUCCGUAUUGAUUCUCAGCUCCUCGGUCAACGCACUUACCGCUUCUCCUGUGCUCCGCUCCCCGUGGGGAAAAUGAAAUCAACGGUUCCUUUUCCUUCGUAGACACCUGUCAACGUGCAGUCAUGUUUUUUUGGUUCUCACGGAGGCACGAGGGAGUAUCUGGCUUUUUGUUUGGGCUUUUAUCCGCUUGCACUUGACGCAGCUCUCGCACGGGGGUCUGGGGCUGAACAAAUUCCUUCGCUUGCUUUCCUGUGCAUGCUGAAGUUGAAGACAUUACUUAAAAUGCACUUGUGAUAACAAAGAUAGUGUGCAUAGACCUUUAAAAUAAAUCUAACGUACAUACAUUCAUUAACCGGCUUGGAUCUGGAACAGUUGUAUGGGAUCCACUUAAGGCUUAAUAUAUGCUGAGAAUUUUAUUGCAAUUUUUUUUUAUUUAUGAGUUUUUUUUGGAACAUACACAUUAAAGCCUUACUGUGACACGUGACCAAAGGAGAAAAGCCCAAAAUGUAUCAUACUGUUGUGAGAAGUGUAUUAUAACCCCAUGUAAUCAAAUUAUAACUUUGUACUAAUAAAAUAUAUAGUAUAGGAUUACAUGUAUUUUACAUGGUUUUGUGUGUGGAGUAUGUACACUGAAUAGUUCAGAUUUAGGUCUGUGGUUUUGGCAGUAUGAGAAUUCGCACAUUUGUAUCCUUUAUCUCACCUUGUUGACUAGUGCAAAUACUAAUUAUUGGACUUAGAUCAUAGUUUCAAAACAGAUAAUAUUUUAGUAUUGUUGUUGGCAAAGAAAAUUUUAUUUAACAGAACCACUAGAAAGUAAUUUUUAUUAUUUUUGUUGUAUGUGAGAUGCAAGACUAGUUGUCAUUGAAAAUAUACUCGAAUGGUUAUUUUGUGAUGUGCAAUUGGUUGUGUGCCAGAUUAGUAUUAGUAUUUUAUUUAUGAAUGUUGUGGGAAAAGUUGCAGAUGAAGCAAAAAGCCCAAUGUUCUGAUAAUGUACUUGUUAAUACCCGUAUCAUUACAGUUAAUGUGAAGUCCGUGUUUCGUGUUGGACUGACCAAGGGAAUUGGUUCACAGUUUAUGGAGUCAGAAAGUAGAUGUUAUUCCCUGUUGGUAGGGACAAGAUAUUAUGGUGAAUUGCAAUAAAAACAAUUAACACUGCAAAGCAUAUCAUUACACCAUAUAACACCAAAAUGCAAAUUAAUACAUAAUUUAGCACUGAAAUGGAACUAAAAUGAAUCUGCAAAUUGACAAAACUAGAAUAAUAUUACUAAAAACUAACAUUUUAUCAUAGUAAAUUCAAUACAUGUAUUAAUGUAUUUACCAUGAAGUUUGUACCAAAGUAUAUUAAUUAAAUGAAUUGGAAAAAAUUAAUAUCACUGUGUCAUCUUCAUCUCGUAUUAGUUAAUCGUAACAUGUAUUUACAUGAAUGUUUUGGCUGAUUUAUUAUUCUUUUUUUUUUCUGUAGUUCUGUUAGACAAACUUACUAAAAAUUAUUUUGUUGUAUAAGUGAAUUAUGUACCAAUGAAUAUGAGAAUAUUUUUGUGAAAUAAGUCCUAAAAUAUAUUGUUGUUUCAUAUUUGUUGAAUAAUAAACUAUAUUUAUGAAUAUUUUGAAAUAAAAAAGUUAACACCAAAAUCUCCUGUUUUAGGAACAAAAUUGUAGUAAAAAUAAAAUCUUGUCUCUACUGAUUGGCCAUAACCCUGCAAACAGUGACCUGAUAGGAUGGUGGGCUAGUAAGGUUGUUCUGUGUUCCAGAAACUUCUGCUUUUAACCACAUACAUUUGUAUUCAGGGAACAAAGGUCUUGUCAGAAUUUUGUGAAUUGAGAACUGGUUUAAACAUUUAACUGCUAUUCCAUUUAAUACCUACCUUUAUGUUCUUUUUCUUGCACUUUGCAUUAUGAUUUUGUAGUCACUAAAGUAUUCUUUUGAUAAUUUCUCUGUUUCCCUUUUGUUGUUUUUAGAUUGUAACAUUUUUUGUGUUAUGGCAAUUUUUAGGAGAUCCAGGGGGAAUAAGCAGCGACAAUUACUGUUGAAAGUUCAAGUUUGUUAUUUUUAUUAAUAUUAUGUACUUUCAAGAACAUUAAAAUUCAAAGCAAGUACAGUUUUAUGAAUUAUGUAUAUAAGGCUUUUGAGUAAGUUUGAUAUGUUAUACCAACAUAAGCAUAUUUGCUCAUAUCAGUUGUUAAAUAGCCACUGUUGUUAAAGAUAGAUACUUUAUGUAUAAUGAAGAAAAUUAUGAAACUUACAUUAUUUAUUAAGGCAUGCUGCAUGAGUAGGUGUCAGUUCUAACAACUGGGGCUUUCAAGUCAUAUUCUGGUCUAAUCACUAAAAUGUGAUUCAGAUAUUAUGUAUACAUAUAAUGUAUGUAAAUGUAUCCAUAAUGUUUUGAAAAUGUAUACUGAGCAUUCCUUUUUUUUGAUGUUCAGAAUUAAAGCAAAUUUAAAAAUU